AUGACUAAAAAAAGGACAGUGGAUCAAAAAUUGCCUAUUUAAUAUAAUGAAAUUAGAUGGACUGAUGAUGGGGUGAUAAUCUGGAAUUAUUAGAAGGCAAAGUAAGAUAUUAAAAUUUAUAUACAUAUAGGUAUGAAUAAUUAUUUAUGGCUAAUAUAAGCAAAACGCAAUUACAUGCUUAUAUUGAAUGA